AUGACAAAAACAAUAAACAAAUUCUCAACGUCAUUAAUAAUACCUCCAAUGAUAGCAACACCACCAACACCUCAAAACAAUUAUCACCAACAUUACCGAAACAAACCAACGACAAAAAACAGACAUUUAAUAGUAAGUUUUUUAAAUCCAGCGAUUCCAGCCUGUUACGAAGAGCAUACUUUCGGAAAUUGA